AUGACAUCAAAUUUAUAUUUACCUAUUUUCGUAUUUCUGUUUUUUGGAGUCAUAGCUGAAUAUUCGGAUGAUUUUUCGAGAAAUGUGAUGUUUCCAUUGGCUGUGGCGGCUUUUGAUAAAAAUCCGGGUGUUUGCAUCAAAAGUGGAACUGGAGAUGGACUGUUACGACGACAAAUCGAGCUCCCAUGUGAUGUGAUCAACGAGACAUGUUCAGGAUACUCAGCCUUUUCAAGUUCAAAAAAUGCUAUCAUUCUUGGAUGGAGAGGUUCAGUGGGCACAUACGAGGUUGAUCUAGAGACGAUCGAUAUUCUUUUUGGGAAACAAUUAACAUUUCCGGGUGGUUCAAAAGUUGCCGAUUUCUUCUACAACGCUUUCUUGAAAUUAUGGAAUGCCGGAAUUAAAGACGACUAUUUGACACUUCGACAGCAAAAUCCGAAUGCCGAAGUUUGGGUAACCGGCCACUCAUUGGGAGCAGCAAUGUCAGCGUUGUGUGCUGGUUACUUGGCCCAGCUUGGAUUAGCUGAUGGAAAUAAGAUCAAAUUGAUCACAUAUGGCGAGCCAAGGAAUGGUGAUAAAGAUUAUGCAACAUUGAUCAAUACAAAGAUCCCCUAUUCAUAUCGUGUCGUUCAUGAUAGUGACAUCGUUCCACAUAUUCCAUUCAACAUAGAAAACUAUGAGCAUCACGGAACCGAGAUUUGGUAUCAAAACAAGAUGAAUGUUAACGACAAAUACACUGUGUGUAAAGGAAAUGAGGAUAAAUCGUGUUCAAAGAGUGUAACACCGGAUCAAUGGAAUUGGGAUGCACAUGGAUUCUAUUAUGGAACAAACAUUGGUCAAUUUGAGAAUAGAGGAUGUGUAUUU